AUGCUCAAGUCGACGCCCGAGUUGAUACUGCAAGACGCGAUGGGGGAGCUGUACUGGGCGAGCGCGGAUUUGGGAACGACGUGGACGCAGCCGUGUGGGAAGGUGUCACAUACCGGGGAGGAGGGGUGCUUUAAGAAUCCCGGGGAGGUGGUGCCGGGAGGACGCGGACGGGCGAUGGGCGCGAUUAGGCCGCAUCCGAAACGAGCGGGAUGGCUGUUGAGUUUCGUGCGAACGUGCGAUGCGGGGCCGGGUCCGGGAGGAAUGGCGUGUCGGGUGAAUAGAUUGCUCGCGAGCGGGGAUCUGGGGAAGACGUGGACGGAUAUGGUGGCCAAUUCUAAGGGUAAGGUGGCGUCGUUUGUGGAUUUCGACUGGGCGCCCGACGACGGCGCGGGGCCGUAUCCUCCUAUUUACGCCACUGUGUUUCGCGAUGGGACGAAGUUUGCCGCGUAUCGCGGUGCAUGGGAUUACAAUAUUGAUUUCGUGCGAUCUGAAGAUUUGUUCUCCACGCACACGCUCGUGGAGCAAUGCGCAAACGCGUUUGAGAUUUUAAAUGGCGACGUUUAUACGGCGUCGCCGCCCGACUGCGCAGAUUAUCACAAACACGGUGCGAAAAAUCAUCCGUCGUCCGAGGUAAACACGAAUAAUGUGGUGCUCAAAAUAUCGACCAAUCAAGGCAAGUCGUUCAACACGGCGUGCUUCCCGAUGAAUUUGCCGGCGAAUGCGUUUGAGAUUUACGAUUUUCACGCCGACGACGCCGGUCCAGAUUUCAUCGCCGUCGAUCACAUUGAAACCAGCGCCAUCGAAGCCAGGGCACCGAUGAGCCAGCUCUACGCAUCGGAUGAAUCCAUGUCGUUCUUUUCGAUGAGCAUGCGCACCAUGGUCAAAGACUCCGGCGGUAGCUUUGUUCAAGAUUUCGCCAAAGUUCUCGGAUUGGAAGGCGUCUUCAUCGCUAAUCAGAUUUCGUACAAGGCGUUCAUCGACGGCGCCGCGAUUCGAAACGGCGAUUAUAGCGCGUAUUACGAAUCGCGAAUCUCGUUCAACGCAGGCGGAACUUGGCAUAAGAUCCCCGCGCCCGCCACAGAUGCGGAAGGCGUCAAGUAUGCGUGCGCUGAGGACGAGUUUGAUUGCGAACGCUACGGCUUACACCUACACGGCGCCGUGGAUUGGGAUACGUCUGAAGACUGGAAUGGACGACUCGGUGGCGUGUACACGCGCUCUAGUGCGCCCGGCGUGAUCAUCUCUACGGGUAACGUCGGCGACGCCGUCAUCACCGACGAGCCGGCACGAGUCAACACGUAUAUUUCGCGCGACGGCGGGGCGACUUGGAUUGAAUCCAAAAAAGGCGCGUACAUCUACGAGUUCGGCAAUCGCGGUGGUUUGCUAGUCGUCGCGAAGCAAUUCAUGCCCGUGGACGUGAUUGAAUACAGUCUAAACGAAGGGAAAUCGUGGUCGACGCUCAAGCUCGCGAAUUCGAUUUUCGUACACAACAUUCGCGUGGAUCCCUCGUCAAAGGGGCACGUCUUCAUUAUUCACGGCAUGACCGCGGAAUCCGUGCACGCCGAUCCAAACCGUGGAUCAUAUUUCGUCGUCGACUUCGACGAAAUCAUCUCAGGUGGUAAGGUUUGUGGCGCCGCGGAUUACGAGAUGUGGUCGCCUGCGGCGCCGGGAAGCCAUGGGUGCUUAAUGGGACAAAAGUAUGAGUUGAAGCGCCGAAAACUCGACGUCGAGUGCUUCAACGACGAAGACUUUGACCGCGCGUACACUAUCGUUGGCACUUGUGAGUGCUCGCGUGUGUUCGAUACUGAGUGUGACUACGGGACUGAACGCGUCUACAACGUCCCUAACGCCUCGCAAUGGCCGCACUGCGCGCCUUCAGACAACGUGAACACUCAGUGCGCCGCGCUCAACCACAAGCCGCCGACGCCCAGUUCGAAUCUCCGCAUCAUUUCCGGCGACAAAUGCACAAGUCCUGGCGCGGCGCUCGGAGACGAUGGCCCAAGAAGACGAGGUCAUCAUCGAGGUCGCAUGUUCGUGCAGUUCAUCAUGCUUUUAGCCUUCCUUGGUGUCGCGGCGUACGGCGCCAUGUACGUGCACGCCAACUAUGACCUCGGUACGUUAUCGACGACUGUUCCUAAUGCCGCCCGUAACGCGAUCAAUGGCGCGUACGAAAAGUUCCAGGACACAUUUGGCAAGCGCGAACAAGCGACACCGCCUGGUUACUUCGAGCCGCUCGGCGAUUUCGCAGCGGAGGAUGAAAUUUAAUCCUUCGAGCCACCGAUUCGAGCCCAAAAC